AAUAGAUGUGCGCGCGUCAUGUAUCAGUCUCUAUACUGCUCACUUAUGGAUCAUAUAGCGAUGCGAUGUGCUGGACUCCUUCACAGACCUCCGUCGAUGGAUCUGGAAUAACAGCACCGGCAUCAGAUGCAGUGACGCAUUUAUCGGAGUGGUUUGCCAGGGCAUUGGCAUGGCCUAGUAAUGAAUGGCGACGGGGCUCCCAGCAGCCCGGAGCACUCCUCCUGCACGCUGCCCGAUUGGAAGGAAUUCUGUGAGCUUCACGCUCGAGCUUCCGCCGCCGAUUUUGCCUACAAGUUCCGACGAUUCAUCAGCGAGAACCCAUGCUACGACGCGCCCGGUGCUGACGCCAACUUUUCGCAACAUUUUGCUCAACACUUCUUGACCUGCUUCUCUGCCGCCCUCGACCAGAUUCAAGGUCCCGGCUCCCCUGGCGAGUCCUCCGCUCCAAAGUACAGCAUCGUGCCCUUUGUGGGCAUACAGAGCUGCACAUUGCCCUUCAGCCACGACCUCUACCAUCGGCGGAAAGACGUGGGGGCCUCGAGCGAAUCGCUGGAUAGCAUGGACAGCGGAGGGGGAGGAGCCAGCGGACAGGAACAGCAAACUCCCACCCGUAAGAUGGCAACCGUUAGCCAAUCCAGAAGUUCGGAGGAUGUGUCUUUAGGGCGACGUAAGGCUCGCUUCAAGAAAGGCUUUUCCCUCCGCAACAUGAGUCUGAGCGUGGUGGAUGGGGUGAAGGAGAUUUGGCACCGCAGGGCCUCUCCAGAACCAGACCCCUCGGGGACCACCAGGAGGACCAAUGGAGCUGAGUCCGUGGGGUCCGAACACUGGAGCCAGAAGCUACGGCUACCCCGGGGCUCUCAAGGCCAUAAGGCAGAGCUGUUGGAGAUCCAGAGGGAGGGUGCCCUUAGAUACAUGGUGGCUGAUGACACUAACUGUAUGGGGGCGGCACAGUGGCAGAAAUGCAGGUUGCUGUUGAGGAAGACCGCAGCGCAGGUGGACGCAGGAGAAAAGUUCCAGCUUGAGUUCUACGUUCCACCAAAGUCAUCUAAACCCAAAGUGAGCGUCCCGCUGUCCGCGAUCGUGGAGGUGAGGACCACCAUGCCUCUAGAGAUGCCCGACAAAGACAACACAUUUGUGCUCAAGGUAGAAAAUGGUGCUGAAUACAUUUUGGAGACCAUCGACUCUUUGCAGAAGAACUCGUGGGUCGCAGACAUCCAGGACUGCAUUGACCCCGGGGACAGCGGCGAUGACAUCGAGCUGGCGUCAUGUGCUCACAGCCAAACGCACAAAGACUUCUCGCUGGUGUCGUCCUGCAGCUGUGAGCUGUUGUGUGAUGGUUCACACCGUGGGUCUGAGCGGCUGUGCUCUGUUGCUGCUGAUCAGUCGACUUUGGGCCGCUGUCAGGAGCCGCCCGUCACCCAGCACCCUUCACAUGUCCCGUUAGAGCGGUUCCUGCAGUCGCCAGAGGCCCAGAACACUAACACAACGUCAGAACAUAACACGGUGAAGAGCAGAAUGCAAAAUACAGGAAGCCCAGGUGAAACACCAAGGGAAGUGGAAGGAGAUGCCAGUUUGGCGGGUUACCCAUGGUUCCACGGGACCCUGUCGCGGGUGCGGGCGGCCCAGCUCGUUCUCGCGGGCGGCGCUCGGAGUCACGGUCUGUUUGUGAUCCGCCAGAGCGAGACGCGUCCGGGAGAAUACGUCCUCACCUUCAACUUCCAGGGAAAAGCCAAGCACCUGCGUUUGUCUGUGAAUGACAACGGUCAGUGUCACGUUCAUCACCUGUGGUUCCAGACGGUCGCCGACAUGUUACGGCACUUCCACGCACACCCCAUCCCGCUGGAGUCCGGCGGCUCCACCGACAUCACGCUUCGCUCAUACGUACAAGUCCAGCGGUCGCCCACAGAUGCGACAGCUCCUCAUAUCCCACCUGCUCCACGGGACGCCCCGGUCUGUCGGGCGGAAUCGACCCCGCCGACACAUCAGCUGUCCGGCGCCGCCGCCCCAUCAGACCCGGUGUUGUCAUCCAGCUCGUCCUCGUCGCCGAUGGCUCAGCCGGCAGGAGUGCUGAUGGGCACCGGCCUCCACAGCCGCAGCAACAGCGCAGAGAGACUGCUGGAGCCCGCGGCCGCCGGCGCCGACGACUACCACGACAGCGACGGCUCGCGGCGGACUAGAGCUGUGGAGAAUCAGUACUCCUUCUACUGAUGUCCCGACGCUGAACUCCAAUGAAACACGUGCUGCUGUUCUGCUCGGCUUCAUGAUAGUCAAGUGUUUUUAACUGCUACAUCAAACUCCAAACUAGCUGGAGAGGUUGGUCAGUUAUUACCACAAGCAGAUGUCAGAAUGUUUUUCUCUUUGUGUUGUUUCUGAUUUGAUGCGUGUGAUUUAUCCAUGUUUAGUACUGAUAGGUUUCUGAAAGAAGUCACAAAGGCUGCAUUUAUUUGAUAAAAAUACAGGAAAAAAUGUAAAUAUUAUUACAAUUUAAAAUAGCUGUUUUCUGUCUGAUUAUCUGUUCAAAUGUAAUUUAUUCCUGUGAUCACAGCUGGAUUUUCAUCAUCAUUACUCCAGUCUUCAGUGUCACAUGAUCCUGCAGAAAUCAUUCUAAUAUGCUGAUUUACUUGCUUUAUUAGUGCUGCACAAUAUUUUUGUGGAACUUUAUUUUUCAGGAUUCACAGAUGAAUAGAAAGUUCAAAAGAACAGCAUUUAUUUGAAAUAAAAAUUGUUACAUUACGAAAUGUAACAAAUGUUUUUUACUGUCACUAUUGAUUAAUUGAAUGCGUCCUUGAUGAAGACAAGUAUUAAUUAAUUUACUUUUUUUAAAAAAGCUUACCCCAAAAGCUGCAAAAACAUUUUCAACGUUGCUAAUAAUCAGAAAUGUUUCUUGAGCAGCAAAUCAGCAUAUCAGAAUAAUUUCUGAAGGAUCGUGUGACACUGAAGACUGGAGAAAUGAUGCUGAAAAUUCAGGUUUAAUCACAGAAAUCAAUUACAUUUUAACAUAUGUUCACAUAGAAAACAGCUAUUUUAAAUUGUAAUAAUAUUUCACAAUAUUACUGUUUUUACUGUGUUUUUUGAUCAAAUAAAUUCAGCCUUGGUGAGACAUUCAUUACAAAUAUUAAUUAUUCCAAACUUCUGACCGGUAGUGUAUAUUUGAUAUUCCUUUAUAUAACAACACACAUCAUCAAUCAUCAACAAAAAUUCACUGAAAAUGAUCAUCUGAGAGGUGCCGUCUUUGAUCAGUCACUCCAUUAAACUCUGUUUUCAUGUCGAGUCAGUCACUGUGCAUUUCUUGGAGUGUUUUAGCUGGUUUGCACAUUCAUGUUCUCUUCAUGGUCUUCAUUCAGUGACCGUAAACCCCUCCUGACCAGGAUGUUUUUACUUAUCACUAAUUGUGGCAUCUGGUGCAGUGGCUGGACGACACUAGCAUCAUCAUCAUCGUCAUCAUUAUCGGGAUUUAUGCAUCUGUUAGAGAAGAGGACUUGUUCUUCCUGAGUUACCUGUAGAUCUUCUUGCAGUGUCUUUCAGCUCUUGUUGGGGAUUCGGUGGGAUCUGAAUGGACUGUCUGUGAUAAAUGAUGUUGUGAACAAUAUAGUUGAACGGUUUCAGAUGUGUUCAUCAGCGGUCUGUCAGUUCUUUAGAGAGAUCAGCACUGAUCUGAUGUGUCUAUUAGCAAAUCAAACUUAAUGCUAAUCAUAUUUUAAUUAUGUUCACCUGUGUGGCCAUGCAUUAUUCUAAUGUUAGUCAUUUAGGACAUUGAUAGAGUUUGGGAUGUACUACCUUUGUUGUUGAUUUAUACAAUAGAGUGUAAAAUGUAAUAUUUCCCAUCACUCAUCUAUUUGGUAUUUUUCAAAUAAUGGCCAGAAAUGUAAAAGACAAACCUUUUCAUGGGCUGUGAUGAUUUGGACGUCACUACACUUUUAUGUAAAGCAUUUUCGUGGUGUUUUCCUGCACAAAGGGCUUCUAAACAUCUAACCAUGAGGUACUCAUUCUCAUGUUGCUCCAAACCUGUAAAAGUUUCUUUGUUCUGUUAAACAUAAAAGACGAUGUGUUGAAAAACCUCGGUAACCAAACAGUUGCUGGCACCCAUUUGCUUCCAAUCAUUUUUUCCCAUUUUUUUGCUAUGGAAGUCAUUGGGUACCAGCAACUUUUUGGCUACCAGCAUUCUUUAAAAUAUCUUCUUUUAUGAAGAAAGAACUCCUUUUUGGAACAGCAUGAGGGUAAAAUGAAUACAUUUAAAUUUUUUAACAAACGCAACAGAAUCACUGAUAAUCAAGGUAAACCUUUAUAACGUCAGUUUGAUUUAAACACUUAUAUUUUAACAUAAAACUGUUUGCUAAAUAAGACUCUUUGUUUGACCACUUCACACUGAAGGCAGAUGAGAAUCAUAUUUUAGGAGAUUCUCUCACAUCUCCACAGGAAGUGAAGUCAGACCGUCUGAUUGGCUGUUUCCUGUUCAGCCCUGAUGUCAUGUCCAUCAUUUGAUUUCUGUAGCGUGUGAAGCUGCUGACGUGAUUCCUGCUGUCAGAGGGCCGUCUGUGCUUUUCUUCGCACGUUCCAUGUGCUGAAACAUCAUUUUUUGGUCGUAUCUGGAUGACGGGACGGUUCUCUGAAUCACAUGAAUAAAAUCCACAGACCUUCACAAUAUUUGCAGUUUUAAACAGUGACUGCACAGCAUAACGCGUCUGUUUGAGUACAUGUACAGUAUGUUCCCAAGUGUCAUUAUUCUCAUGAAUUGUGUAACACUUAAAAGACGAGUUCUUGUUU